UUCUGCUCUAUCAUACACACACACACACACGUACUCACGCGCGCAUGAGACUAUAUUUGGGAGUGAUCGCAGAGAGAAACAGUUGGUGACGGAGCUGCUGGAUGUUUCUGAAACACCGGGAACAACUGACAGACUGCUGACCUGAAGAAUCUGAGCUGCAUAGAACAAAUCAACUGUAAAGAUGUGUUGAUCUGGCUCCAGAGCCCUGAAGACAACAGAUACAGAAAUGAUCCCCUAUUCUCCCUGAGGAACUGACCAAUCAGCAGUCAGGAUGAUGCCCAAGCAGCUGGCUCAGACGUCUCCAGGGAGUGUUUUGUCGCUAAGAGGGUCCAGCGUCCCAGGAUCCCCUGCUGCGGCCAUCGUGGCCAGAGUGGAGGACGGGGUUAUCGGCUAUAAGGACCUGGCAGCGUUACCUAGAGACAAAGCCAUCCUGGACAUAGAGAGACCAGACCUGAUGAUCUACCAGAGCCACUACAGCUACAGUCCUCUGGAGAGGUCCCUGUCUCCUCGCUCCAUCUCUCCUCCACCCUCCCCUGAGAAGGAGUCCAGGGAGUGGCUGGAGAACCGGUCUCCUGGAUGUUCCUCCCCUUGUUCCACCAUCCAGACCAGCAGUACACACAGCACACGAACACCACCAACACCAAACACGCCAAACACGCCUCACACCGUACACUCCUCUGUUGCCAAGGGCGCCCUGCAGCACUUCCACAGGCCAGAUAAUGGCUCCAACCUCUAUAAAAAGCCUCCAAUCUACAAACAAGAAGUGUGUGUGUCCUCUCAGCUCCCUCAGGGGAAACACAUCGAGGAUCUGAUCAUAGAGUCUUCAAAGUUUCCAGCAGCUCAGCCUCCGGACCCCAACCUGCCCUCCAAGAUAGAGACCGAGUACUGGCCCUGCCCCCCCUCCGUGGCUGUUAUUGAGAAAGAGUUGAGGAAGAAGGAUCAGGGAGAGGAAGCAGAGGAGGAGGAGGAUGAUGAGGUGUGGGGACUGAGAGCGCUUCAGAAACAAGAACUCAACAAGAUUCAGUCAAACCUGGGAAAAAUCAUCCUCAAGGAGGAGCUGGACAAGUCUGCAACUCCUCUGAGGAGGAAAAGUCGCUCAUUACCCGAAAGCAGCCAAAACACUGGGUCCAACGGCUCUAAGUCCGUGUAUUUCCCAGCAUCCUCUAAGAGCGGCCUGUCCAGGCUGCAGUCAGCAGAGUUCAGCUCCUCGGAGAAAGCUCCUGCAGGUCUUCAGAAUGGGGACUCCAGGAUGGACAGAGGAAAGUCCCUCCCCAGCAUGUUGGACCAUAAGAUUUGCCCCUAUGAGAUGCUGGUGGUGACCCACAGAGGGCGGAGCAAAAUGCCCCCCGGUGUUGACAGAACCAGGCUGGAGAGACACCUCUCUCAGGAGGAGUUCUUCAGUGUUUUCGGGAUGACCAUCGAGGAGUUCGACCGCCUCUCUCUGUGGAAGAGGAACAACCUUAAGAAGAAAUUCUGUCUCUUCUGACGCCGCUGGGACCGCGUCUCCCACAAUGCCCCUGCUCUUCUGGAUCACUGCAGGAUCCUGGAACAACUCAGACUCAUUAUUAUCAGCACUGCUUCAACCACCACCACCACGACCAUCACCACCACCAUCACAGUCAGACCUGUCAGUUAGACGUCAGGUUUGAUCACAGUGAAGGUUUGAAUGAAAACACAGUGGCUUUAGAUUCCUGCUGCACACAUGAACUGUUUUAAAGCAGAGCUGCAGAUUCCUGUAUCAUAAGCUUCUAGAUGUCUGUGGAAAUGUGUUAAUAACAAAACUGCAGAGCGAGCACAGGUCAGGUUUAAAUGUGGAAGCACAGAGCAGGUUGUGAUGCUAGUUUUGGAAGGUUAUACUCAAACUGAGAGCAGAGCCAACACCAGUGGGUCUGACCUACAAAUGAAAAGCCCAGUCCCCUCCGCAUUCUUAAGCAGAUGUUGGAACAAAAUGAAUUGAAUUUCAGAAAGCAAUCUGUAGAUUUACUUCUGUAGGCAAAUUGAUUCCUUGCUAAUCUGUUAGCGCUGAACAAGAUGCAUCGUGAUUUGCAGUAACAAGAUCGAUUUUCUCUAGUAAGCUACGGAGCUUCCUUGCUAGCUAGCUAAUGAUAGCUUUGCAAGCUACUUUGCUAGCUAAUUACCGUUAGCUUUGCAAGCUAUUUUGUCUAUCUAACACCACUUGGUGUGUUAGUAACUAGCUUGUUAACAAAUUAGCUCAGCAGCUAGCAUCUCUGCAAGAAUGUCUUCUAGGAGUAUGCGUUAUUUAAAGCCCUUUAUCAUGAUAUAUAUCAUUUUAAAUAUUAAAAUAUCUACAUUUGUUAUGAUAUAUCUUUAAUCAGUAACAUCAAGAAAGGUUUAACGGAUAAAAUAGUUAGACUGAAAUGUGUUUUAAGCUAAUCUGGCAAAGAAAAUAUGUGACAGGUAAAAAAAUAUCAAGAUGUUAAAGUAGCAGUAGGCAAUCUUUCAAACGUUUCAUCCCUCCCCAACCUCUCUGAGUUGUGAUGCUGCCGCUGUCACGGCCCGUCCACACGGCGGUGUGCGUUGAAGCUUCAACUUUGAAUGGGGUGACGUCACACUUUGCCGAACUGCAUUGUGGGAGCGUCGCUUCGCUUUGCUCGCAUUGCUCGCUUCAAAAGUUGAGCAAUGUUCAACUUAGGAAGCUUUGACGGAAGCGCCAGCCAAUCAAAUCAUAUGCCAGUACAAGCUCUAGCCAAUCAAACCGCGUGCUUGUGUGUCCAGGGCGGGAGAUUCAUGUGAUUGGUUGUUGGUCGAGUUUCAGACACGCCCGCCGGCAAGCUUCAACGCACGCCGCCGUGUGGACGCUGAGUAAGUCUGUCCUCCGCUUCAACCAGAACAACUAGUAAGCUUUAUGCAAAUGAUGCGAGAAGAUGGCCAUAAUAUGCAAACAAACUUUGAUAUCAUCUAGCGACUUCUGGAUCUAAUACUAGCAGCUUCUUUCAACAGUUUGUGCCAUAACUGGAGCCUUAAAUUGGAGGAGAUGGUACCCGGGAGAUAGAUAUGCGAUAGGGAAACAAAAUCAAAUGGUCUCCUUAUUGUCUAUUGCUACUUUAAUGCUUACUAAUGUAUUUUGAAUAUUGCCAUGUCCUGCUAACCUUUUUAUACAGCAAAAUCUUUGACAUAAGACACAUUUAUAUAAUUAUAUUGUCCAACCCUAAUCUCACUAAGCUUCAACAGUUUGUUUCAAAUGUUUGAAGACGUGGUAUUCUGGGAGUCUCUGUAUUAUGAAAGGAUGUAACAGAGACGGAGGGGCUUCUUCUAUUCAAUCUGACAGAGAUCUUCAUUUCUAUCAGACAAGCACAUAUUUUAUUAUCAAGCUUCUUGCUUCAGUCAGGCUUAAAAAGAAACAUUCCUAUAAACUCUGAUUCAGGUCUCAACACAGAUCUAUAUGAAUAGAGCUGUCAGUGAUAGUUCAAAAUUAUAUAUUUCUAUUGACUUAGCCAUCUAUGAUGUCAUAAUGACAGGAUUUUUUUCCCAGCACCAAAAAAGAAAAAUAGGAGACAUUUUGAUCACAGUCAGAUUUGUAAGCUACACAUCCUGAGGACAUUAACUUACCACUAAAUAUAUGUAUUUGACUGAUUUAUUGAUUUGUUAUAGGCAUAUUAUUUUCUUCCUCUGAGUCCAGGUCAGAAAUGAAAAGCUAGUUGUGUUUUCCUUGUGCUUUACCUUACAACUUCAAGAUGUUAUUAAAAUAAUAUGUCAUUAUGAACACACCUGAACACAGUCGCAAGAUGUUAGAAACACAAAGGAGCACAGGAAAUGUUACAUCAAACACAAACCUGAAAUUGAAUAAAAACAUGACCACAAUUUAAGUAAUUGAUACAAAAUUCCCACUUCUAAAAGAAAGGACAGCUACAAUAAUAAUGUCAUUUUAUACAUUAAAACAAAUCUGUCUAGUUUAAUUCAAUGACCUAACAUUGGGCCUACAAUUCUCAGAAGCAGCAUUGCUAACAAGCAGGUAUAUUGUUUACCAUCUUGAUUUAGCACGUUCUAACAUUAGCUUUUUAGCAGUAAAACAACGUUAAACCUUAUUCCUUAUAUUUUAAAAAACACCAUGAUUGGAAGAAGUACUCAGGUAUUUCCUGUGAGUAAAAGUAUUACAAGAAUAUUAAGGGUAAAAUAUUUAUGUGUACAUGUAAAAGUCCUGCAUUCAAAGUUGUAAUCAAAUAAAAGUACAAAAAGCAUUAGCAUCAAUGCUACCUAAAUGCCAAAAGUACUCAUUAUGUAUUACAGUAUGGCCCAUUUCAAUGAUUUUAUUAUAAUUAUAAAUGAAUAAUCUUAAAAUUGUAAAGUUGGCACUCAUUUUAAUUACAUGAUGCUUCAUCAUCAUUUAUUAAUUAAUUAAUAUUUCUAUUAAUAAACUAAAUCUGCACAUUUCAUAGUAACUAAUGCAAUACAAUCAUGUAGUUGAGUUAAAAGUAUAGAGGAGCAUAAUGUGAAAAUACAGUGAAGUAAAGUACAUUUUAAGUAUAAUGAGUAAAUAUGUAUGACGUACUAUACUACACUUAGUUACCUUCCACAACUGAAAAACACAAACUACUGGGAUGUUCUGGUGUUCAUAUCCUUUGUCGUCCAUAUUAUUUUAAAGUGUCUAUCAGGGAUUCAAAAAUGGUCCAGACUUUUAUGAAAGGUUUUAUUACUAAACUUGAAUAUUUGAUAUGUAUAUCAGGGUGGAGCAGCAUUCCCUCUCAAAGUUCAGCUCCCAUUGGCUGUGAUCAAACUGUCUCCUGCUUGUCUUUUGUUCUUAGUACAGCAAAAGCCACUGCCCUGUUUUACCUCAGUACACGCACACAGAGAUAGAAAAAUUCACUUUUUGCAGUGUAGAGGAACCAGAGACUCAGAGCGCUGUGGCAGCAACUCUGUCUCUAUACGGCUCUGGUUUGUCCAAUAAACAGGUUAUAGGCAUUAAGUGUUGCUUAGUGACCAAAUGAAGUGCAGCUAUUUUCUAGUAAUACAUAGAGAAGUGGCAUGUUUGUUAUUCAAAAUCGAAAUGAAAAUGUAAAAAAGUGAAUUAUAUCAACACAUGAAUGUUGAGAAACGAAGAGAAGACGAAGGAAGGACCCAUUUGGGAAGGUUCCCAAACCAAAGGACAGAGGCAUGAUGGGAAAUAACUGAAGAACAUUUUUCUCCUCAACUUCAAAGUGAACUGAACAUCUUCAUUAUGUACACAUGGACACUUCUUAAGCAAACAUAUAUAUAUAUAUAUAUUAUAUAUAUAUAUAUAUAUAUAUAUAUAUAUAUAUAUAUAUAUUUAGAAAGUAAUAUAUUCAUUAGCAUCAUAUCUGAUCUUCACAAACAUGGAUAAAUUGUCUUCUUUAGCACAAAAUGUCACAGCAACACAGCUGUUGAUUUAAAAUGGAAAUAUUGAUCUGAACAGACCAUUUUAAAGUUGGAAUGUAUUGCAUUUAAUCUUUUAGAAAAGGAAAUUAAAAGAGAGAGGUUGGUACACUGACUGUAAACAAAUGAGACGUUCCUUAAGCUCCAUUACACCCUCCAUAUAUAAUCCCAAAUCCUUGCCAGUCUUUCAGUGAGGUAGAUCAGGUUUGUGUGAGACAUGUUGAAAAGAUGGUACUGUAGGCCAUGUUUUUAAGUUUCCAGCAAAAUUCUGCUUUCUUUGGUCACGUUUACAAGAAAGUAACAUCUGGAGUUGAUGCAUUGUGUUUUAAAAUGUAUACAUUACUGGCCAUCUUAAAUGAAAACUUUUAAUUAUAGCUACCUUUCUUAAAAACAUCUAGUGGUAGAGCUGGUGGAGAAGAAAAGUUGGAUGUUUCUCGUAAAUGUAUGACUUAGAUCUUGGACAUUCUGAUAGUUUUCUCCACAUAUAACCACACUCUACCAGCUCUCUAAGCCUAUUAUUUUAUAUUUUUACAAUAUCCAUACAGAUGAGAGCAGCAUUACGUCACUGCUUGGCAAAAUAACGGCCUCGCUCACUUUCUGAUGAAAUCAAGUGGAACAUUUUUUGUUUUAUCAUGCUUAGAAGCUGCUGUAUCUUGUAAUGCACGUCAAACAACAAAAAGAUCCAGAGUUCCGAUUUUUUUUUAUUUGACUUAGAAAAAGGGAAGAUAGAAGAAAAGAUCUGUGGCAUCAUCCACAGAGAGGACAGGGAUCAUAAUCAGUGGAACCCGAAUUUAAAUGUAACUAAAUAUAUCAUCGACCUCCGAUGACAUUGUUUCGUUUUUUCCUGACUGACCAUCGUAAUUGGACUUUUUGAUGUCAUUAGUGAAAAACCGCAAAAUCUGUAUUUACCGCCAGCCAAUCGCAGCAAAUGUCGUCACCCAAAAGGGGGCAUGGCCUUGGCGUAGAGGGGAUGUACCCAGAUGCUCUCAUCUAUUCAGUGUCGUAGUUCUCAGGUGUUUACAGUCAUGGUAUCGUCUCUGUAUUCAUGUGAGUUACUAAAGGAGAAACGAGACUCGCAGCACAUUUAAAAAUCAUAUUUCAGCAUCUCAGACCUGUGUGAGGAUUACGGACUGUUCUUCACUCUCACUGCAAACGGCAGAAUCACCUCCGCAAAAUCCCGCAUCACACCCCUCCACGUCUGCCUCGCACACGCUUCCUGUAUCUGUUGAAAAAAAAAAAAAUGGGAAAAAAAACUGGAUGAAGAUUUGUGAGAUGGAGUGAGCGAGCAUCGGUCACUUUACGCUGAUGAUUUCCUUUAUUACUUUUCUUUUUCACUGAGGAUUUAUGCUUUGUUCUGAUUGGUUGUGUGUAGUUAGAAACAGGAAGCUGGUUGCUGUGACUAACACCAUGAUGACACAAAGAUUGUUUCAUGAUUAUUUUGGUUUUUGUUGUACAUUUCAAAUUGUUUUUCUUUUCUUUUCUUAUUUAAUUAGGCUGUUUUAACAUGCAGGGCGACUUCAGUGGAGGCAUGCCACCAUCAACGUACCAGAUAUUCUAACUGCUGCAUGCAUCAUUUCAUGAUGAUGAUGUCAUUUUGAUUUAACCUUUAAUUAAAUAGAUGUAUAUAACAGCACUUGCAGGUAGAAGCACCCUGGUUCAGGUUUUACUGUCUAAACUCUCUGAAGUUUAUGACUCUGAGGUCAAACUGAGGUCAGAGGUCGUUGAUUGUGACUCGCCUGUCAGAAGCCGCCCUGCUGCUGUACAUAUAUAUAAUUAUUGUUGUUGUUGUUUUCAUAUCAUGCUGGUGAUGUAACAGAUGAAUGGUGAUGUGAGUGAUUAACAUGAGUUACAAUAAAGACAAUUUCUAUUUGCUUGAGGA